GGGAGUGUUAAAUGUUUAUGUGAAGAACUUCUUGAGUAUACUUUGAAGAAUCACCAAGUCAGUCAGGUGCCAAAGGACAUACUGCAUGCAUUCAACAUUGCACUGUGCUGGCGUGCUGCUUCUCUCUCAAGGCAUAAAGUCGAUCAUAGAGAAUCACUGGCCCUUGCUGUAGAACAUUUGAAGUAUGAGUGCAGUGAAACUCUUGCGGAGAAGGUUUAUAAGAAGCUAAGGAUCCUAAAGAAGGAGUUCUCACAUAGAGUAGGCAGAACAAGCAAGAGUAAUCAAUCAAUUUCAGUAAAGAACAUAUCACCAUACCAGCAGGAGACCUCAACUAAAUAUGGAUGUGACAAAUCAAUCCCUAAGCAGGCAGGUGACAAAUCAAUCCCUAAGCAGGCAGCGUCUGUUGGUGGGAAUGAAUCACAUCAAGAGGAUUCACAUGACUUAGUGAUUGAGCCUAUUGUACCAGGAGAGAAGGAAGUGCUAUAUGUUCCAGAGAUUCAUGAAAAACAACAUUUAUCAAAGGAUGCACUUCUUAAUAGAAUCACAGAGAAAAGAAUUAAAUUAGUUGACAUGGUUUUCUCCUUGAGAGAAAAGAAUAUCCAUGAUAAACAAACAAAUGAGGUCGCAAUGUUUGACAUGCACAGGCACAAGGGAGUGGAGAAACUGAGAGAAGCAUGCAGAAUAGUUGUGGAACAUCUUCGUAGGUCUCAAGCUGCUCCAGAGGACAGAGGUAGUCAAAGAAAGCUAAUAGUUGAAUGGUUCACUAUGUUACUAUAUGCGUUUCUGAAGCACAUGAGGUACCAGCGUGAGAAGCUUGACUUGCAGCAAUCAAUGGUGUGGACCAAGGAGUUACAGUUGAAGGAAAAUUUCCUUCACGAAGCAAAAUUUGGCCAAUUAGAUCUUACUUUUGAUGAACAUAUUUAUUUACCAGAUUCAGGCUUUGCUAUUGAGGAAUUCAGCCAUUUUAGCUCCUGUGUUGAUACAGCAACUUUGGCAAACUGUCUGCAGUCUUUGCAUGAAACCUCAGCGAUGGAAGUUACAUUGGUUCGUAGUGUGAUUCCAUCUGAUGUUAUCAAUGCAGAAGCAGCGAGAAAUGGUUCUGCUGAAGUUCUUAUCCACAAUGGGGGAAUGCCAGCAUCAGAAGGUAUUGGUUUGACAGAGAACACGAUCAGCAAUAUUUUUGAUUGCAUCGACUCGCAAGGAGGGGCAUCUCUGGCUGUUCAACACCAAGUAAAUUCUAGUCCUGCAAUUGAUAAUUCUAUUAAUCAGGAAUCUUCAAGUGGUGACGAUAGAAGGACUGAACAUGUUGGGCGACAGAGUGGUAUGGGUUCGCAACCAUUACCCGGAGAGACUGACCAACAUUUAGGAGAUGCUGAAAUGGAAGUUAACACCGGCAAUGGGGACAAUACUCAGGCAGAUCCACCUUACCUAGAACCACAGAUUGUGGUUCCUGUGCCCAGCCAGGCUUCCUUGCAAAUGUCCAACGAAGUUGAAGCUGAGGCCAAUCUUUUACUGCAGUCAGGCCAACCAAUUGCAGCUCCAGCACAACUUCUGCAAAGAGAGGCAGAACAAGUAGACCGUUCUGGUAUGAUACCAGCUCAGACUUUGCAACCUGAAAUGCAACCAUCAGCAUCCAGGGAAGCUUAUAUGCAGUCAGAUCUGAUAAUUCAAUCUGCACAACCAAGUAUGGUGCCAACUGAGCUUUCACAGAGAAAUGUAGAACAAGCAAGCCUUUAUCGUGUACCAUCAUCUCAGUGUUUGCCAUCUGGAAUGCACCCAUGGGUUCCACUGUCCAGUAUUCUGCUUGAAAGAACACACUCUGAUCAGUGUCAACCAAGUCAUCAACCCGAGGCUGCACUUGGUUCUUCAGCAAAAAUGGUGGCAUCAAUGGUGUUUAAUCAUCCACCAGUUGGUGAUGAACCACUGAAAAAUGAGUUGCACAGAUUGCGGUCAUACAUUGACUCGCUUAAUAAAACCAACGAACUAAAGAAAUCACAACUUAGGACUGAGUGUAGCCAAGAAAUAGACAAGGUCAAACAAAAGUAUGAUUUGUUACUUCAAGAACAGGAUUCCACUCAUCUUCAGCAAACAAGGACACUUGAUAAUUUAUGUGAGAAAGUUCUCCUCAACCAGUCAAUAGCUGACUAUUUUCGGGCUAAAUUCAUAUCUUCUUCUGGAGCACAAGCUAGAGCCCACAGCCCUCCAAAUCACCAGACACCCCAGGCCUCUCAGCAAGUUCCCCCGAGGCCUUCAGCGGUGGCAUCGACUGCAUCACCAGCUGCGUCGUCAUCAGCUGGUCGACCACUAGUGUUGACACAUCAUAUCCAACCAUUACAGGUCGACCGACCAUCACCAUCAUCGCCAGCUGAUCCACCACCACAUGUCCAACCAUUAAAGGUCGAUCGACCAUCACCAUCAUCACCAGCUGGUCCACCACCACAUGUCCAACCAUUAAAGGUCGAUCGACUAUCACCAUCAUCAUCGCCAUCUUCACAAGUUGUCAGACCUCGCCCCUCCAUACUAAACAACAUUGUCAGAUCACCGUCAACUACUUUUAGUCUCGCGCCAGUUCUGCCACGGGGAAGCUUUGGAGUCCAGAGUGAUCUAGCACGUGCACGUGCACCUGCUCCUCAUCUUCGGCGCAGGUUGCCUCCACAGGUGCUUUCGAUGGCAUCUGCAAAUCAGCAGCAGCUUCCAACUAAGCUGGAGAGCAUGUCUGCAAGGACACGGGCUACCCCUGUGACUCCAGUAAAUAUAAGACAAUCAUGCCCACAGGCAGUUCCCCCAGGGAACCCAUCACUGUCAAGUUUGCACCCAAGUUUAUACCCCACUUUAGCCACACUCUUGGGGCCAUCAAGUUCACAUCAAAUUCAGCAGGUUCCACUACUGCCAUCAAGUUCACAGCCAACACGCUUGUCGUCACCAGUACCUUCAACUCCAAAUCCAGUUCUGCCACUAACAUCACCGCGAGGUUUGACUAUGACAUCUAGCGUUUCCUCAGCUGCGUCGAAUGUGUUGCCAAGUAGGGGUGUUGGGCCUUCCGCAUCAGGCACGCUGCAGUCAGAUCCUGAUCCAGCACGCUCGAUGAAUGGCUAACAGGAAGGCUUGGGCUGCACAGUGAUCCCCAUGGCGUGGCUGCUCCUGCAGAUGUGGUAUUGCCUAUCUGAUGAUGAAGAGACUGAUGACCAAACCAAGCAAAAAUGACGCUCAUCGCUGAAGAGCUCUCCAACAGAAGGGUUGCUUGCAAACAAAAUAAACUGAUGUCCAUGUAGUGCAACUGUUAGUUUCUGCUAGAGUUGUAUUAUGUUCCAUGUGUAGUAUGUAUAUUCUCCCCGUUGUAUGAGGGGUUUCCUGCAUAUUUACCACCUAUAUAUGUAUAUAUGUACUGGCCAUUGGCCCUGAGGAAAGACAAGUUGCAUAUUUCAUCAGUUGCAUAAUUAUUCAAUGUUCAUCGUUUUAACA